AUGGAGCGAGCACCAACCCGAAGGUCCCGAACCGAAUCCGAAUAUCUUCUCGGACUAUCUACGCACUUCUUGACCCUCCGUAACCUACCCAUGUGCCAGCAAUACGCCCUCCGAGUCAGAGAAUUCGGCACCGACAAACACUCUGUCUCCGAGCAGAUCCUCGCUGUCGCCCACGUCCUACUCGCCGCCGAGAACCGCCUUUGUAACCGACAUCUUGCCUACUUUUCCAUCCUCCAGAUCCGCCGGGCCGACUUUGGGAACCGUCACCUCGUUCAGAGCCAGUACGAGAAGCUCGCGGCUCUCCUUAACCCCAAUGUUAACAAGUUCGCUUUCUCCCAGGACGCCCUCGGACUCGUCUGGGAAGCUUGGUCUGUGCUCUCCGACCCAGAAGAAAAGGUCCAGUACGAGAACGAAAUCGGCUUUCCAGAAAAGCGCAACGAGCACAAGGAGAAGAAAGGGACCCGAGAAUGA